GUACAAUUGUCACUUGCAUCACUGUCAAAGUUCCAAACUUUGUUUUAUGGUUUUCUGGUUUGCUGAGAGCAACAACCUUCCCUUGAAUUGCACUCAAACUUGCCCAUUUCACAAACCAAAUCCAUCACUCUCAAUCUCCACCCAAUUGGGUCCAAUCCAUUCCCUUCAACCAAACACAACCAAAUCUCAGAAAUCCCAUGUCCUCAAAAAUCAAGCUCACCCAUUUCCCCAACCUCCAAUCCCCACCUCCCCUCGAUCUUCUGAGCCGAAUCGGCGGAACCCAGUAGCCCAUUGCUCAGAAAGAUCACUGCUUUUGGGUGGUUGCAGAGUCGUGUUGACCAUGUUGGAGGCCUUGCCGCUAGGACGGUUCCACCACCAGAGGCUUGACCUGAAGCGGUGCUUCCCCACCUUCUUGUCCUCCCACAAAACCCUCUUCACCGUGCUCUGGAUCGCCGCUUUCGCCUCGGUUUUCGUGUGGCAGAGGAACAUUGUAGAUGGGUUUUCGAUAUUCAGGCGAGCUCCGGCGAGGGCGAUGCCGAAGCUGAGGCCGGUGGCUUUCAAUUUGACUGAAUUUGGGGCUGUGGGCGAUGGGGUUACUUUGAACACUGAGGCGUUUGAGAAAGCGGUGCUGGCUAUUUCUAAGCUGGGGAAGAAAGGCGGUGGGCAGCUCAAUGUGCCUCCGGGACGGUGGCUAACGGCGCCGUUUAACCUCACUAGUCACAUGACUCUGUUUCUUGCUGAAGAUGCUGAGAUACUUGGAAUUCAGGAUGAGAAGUAUUGGCCCUUGAUGCCUCCGUUGCCUUCAUACGGGUAUGGGAGAGAGCAUCAUGGGCCUCGGUUUGGAAGUCUGAUUCAUGGUCAAAAUCUUAAAGAUAUUGUUAUAACAGGUUAGAUAUUUCAUCCCUUUCAUAUU